AUGACAUUAUUAAAACAUUUUAUAUUUGGUUGUAUAUACAAAAAUGAUCCUUUACGAAUUAGAAACUUAUUAAAAUCAAGUCCCCGAUGUUUUCAGACUACAAGUCGUCUUGAUAAUGGAGAGUACGAAUGGGAGGACCCAAAGUCCCCUGAUGAAAUAGUAAAUGUUGUUUAUGUAGAUAGAGAAGGAAAAGAAAUCAAAAUAAAAGGAAAAGUUGGUGAUAAUAUUUUAUAUUUAGCACACAGACAUAACAUUGAAAUGGAAGGAGCUUGUGAAGCUUCUCUAGCAUGCUCUACAUGUCAUGUUUACGUUGACCAUAAUUUCACGGAUAAAUUGCCAGAAGCUACUGAAAAAGAGGAAGAUUUACUGGAUCUUGCUCCUUUUUUGAAAGAAAACUCGCGACUAGGUUGUCAAAUAGUAUUAACAAAAGACCUUGAAGGAAUUAAAUUAGAGCUGCCGAAAGCUACCAGGAAUUUCUACGUUGAUGGUCACACACCAGCACCUCAUUAA